AUGGCCUACGAUCCACGUGGUGGAGGGGAUCAUGGGGGUGAUGGCGCGGGCUUCAUGAGGUCGAGAGGCCGCCGCCCCGUGACCGACUAUGGCGCGACCAUGGCUCACUGGAUACGGAACCGCACGCCGCGGUACAAGGGCUCCUUCAAGGGCGAGGCUGAGCGGCCCAGUGCCAGCUAUAUCGUCGAUAUGCUUCCGCCCCUGGCCAGAGUGACCAGUCCGGCGGACUCGGUGCCCGCAAAGCACCUUCACUCGUCCCUCAACAAGAUCAAACAUCCCGUCAACGUUGUGCGGUGGACGCCAGAGGGCCGCAGGUUGUUGACUGCUUCCAGCAGCGGCGAGUUCACGCUAUGGAACGGCACCGGCUUCAAUUUCGAGACCAUCAUGCAGGCACAUGAUGUUGCUAUCCGGGCCAUGGCAUAUUCGCACAGCGACGACUGGCUCAUCUCGGCAGACCACGACGGUACCAUCAAGUACUGGCAACCCAACUUCAACAACGUGCAAGUCAUCCAGGGCCAUCAUGACCCCAUCAGAGAUCUCGCCUUUAGCCCAAACGACUCCAAGUUCGUGACGGCCUCGGAUGACUCGACCCUCAAGAUCUUUGACUUCACCGGCGGCGUCGAGGAACGCUCUCUGAAGGGCCACGGAUGGGAUGCCAAGAGUUGCGACUGGCAUCCCACCAUGGGACUCAUUGUGUCUGGUUCAAAAGACCAUCUGGUAAAGCUAUGGGAUCCCCGAGCCCAGGGCCGGUGUCUGGCAACCCUGCACGGCCAUAAGAACAACGUGACAAAAACGCUGUUUGAGCGUGUCCGGGGCAUGUGUCUGGCUACAUCGGCCCGCGAUCAGACGGCUAGAGUCUUCGACCUGCGUAUGAUGCGCGACAUUUGCUUACUGAAGGGCCAUGAGAAGGAUGUUUCCACCAUUGCGUGGCAUCCGGUGCAUUCCAACCUUCUCAGUACUGGUGGUUCUGAUGGCGCUCUGUUCCAUUAUCUUUUGGACGAACCGCACACCCCGGCUGGCCAACCGAUCAGUCUGAGCCCUUACGAGAGCGCCGACCCGUCAUCGGCGCCAGCCCAGACCAUCUUCCCAGCUCACAAAGUACCGUACGCACAUGACUUUGCUAUAUGGUCACUGGACUGGCAUCCUCUGGGUCACAUCUUGGCGUCAGGGUCGAACGACCGAAUAACCAGAUUCUGGUCGCGCGCCCGGCCCGGUGAAGCAGACAUAUUUCAGGACAGAUAUCACAUCGGCGAGGCCGCCGCCGAGGCCCAAGGAACGUGGCAUCGUCGCGAUGCACGUCGGCAGCGGCAAGAGGAGGAGGAGCAGGAGCUGGAGGACGAGGCAGAAGGUCUGGUCGACCAGAAGAUGCCGACUAAGCUUCAGCAUCCCGCUGGGUUCCCCGGCCUACCAGGCUUGCCUGGUCUUACUCUGCCUACUACCGGCGCACCCAUACCUCCGCCUCAGAUCCCCGGCGUUGGCGGCGCGCCAGCCUCUGGCGCUGCGCCUCACUUGCCCUUCCCCAUGCCCCCCGCGCUCAACGGAGCCGCACCGCCUCUACCUCUGCCAGGCAUAGAUCCCAACAACCCGGCAGACUUUGCCAAAAUCACCGAGAUGAUGCAGAAAGCCGGCGUUCCUCUCCCUCCGCCGCCAGGCAUGCUCCCGCCGGGUAUGGUUCCGCCCCCGAACUUCCAGCUACCUCCGGGCUUUCCCCCUCCGCCUAUGCCGCCUCAUGGAGGUGGCGACAUGGGCCUCGAUAGCAACGGUCGUAGGAGAGCCCCUCUCCCCAGCCAGGAGGAGAGUCUGCGAGCAGAGCAGCGAAAGGGUCACUACACUCGCGUUCGCUAG